AUGAAAAUGAAUCAUGUUUAUAAAGAUCAACAAUUAUCAUUAUGGAUUGUAACACGACCUGAAUCGACAAAUAUGACUGAUGGAACAAUAUAUAUGGUUGUUCGUGGUAAAUUUGAUUUUCAUAUUCGUCUCAAACAAUUGUCACAUGUUUUUGACGAACUUUUACCUGUUGAUAGUAUGAUUACUCUAUUUGAUCCACUUUUAACAAUAUGUAAUAUUGAUGGUCAACCUACACUUCGUUGUGAUUCACCAAAUGCUGAAUUAAUUUUAUCUGAGCGACAAAAAAAAUGUUUUGUUAAUGAUAAACUUGAUGAAUUACGUGAAUGUGGUAAUCAAGCAUAUAUUCGUGGUGAUACUCAACUAGCUAUUGAUUAUUAUACAUUUGCUAUUAAUAGAAUUAUUGCUAUGGCUGCAAUGGCUAUGUCCAAUGAUAAUGAUUGUGAAAUGAAUUUAUUUCGAAGCGCUUUUCAAGAUGAUCUAGCUCGAUUAAAUUCAAAUCGUUCUGCAUGUUAUUUACGAGAACAUCUUUAUGCAGGUGCAAAUCUUGAUUCACUUGUUGUAGUAACUGGUCGAUUUUUUAAUCAAACUUAUGAUGAAUUCUUUUUAAAAUAUCUUUACCGUCUUAUAUGUGCUAAUAUUGAAUUGCAAGAAUUCACAUUUGCACCUGAUGAACUUUUUAAUCUUUCUCAAAAUCCUUCAAUUAAUUUUAAUUUACGUUUAAAAUACACAACAGAUUUUAAUCAAAUUCAAUCAGCUUGA